AUGCGUGCUCGGCAUGCCGAUGUGUUUGGGUGGAUCCUAUCGACCGCGGCACAGCAGCCCAGGAUCAUUGGCAAUAUACCGAGAUUUCGAAAGACCGCCAGCCAAGCAUCCAGUGGACACCCCUUCGCUGACGGAAGAUUAGCAAGCGAUUAGACAUGCGUCUCAGGAGGAAAAGUCCGCUCGAGAGAAAGUUAUAAAAGGGUGACACGGCCUGAUCAAUGCCAGCAGACAUCAAAGCGAGCACAGCAACAAGAUGGUUCGAAGCUUGACAUUCCUCGGCGCUCUGUCGACAGCCCUUGCAGCCCCCACGUACGAUUAUAUCGUCGUGGGAGGAGGUACCAGUGGUCUUGUCAUCGCCAACCGUCUCUCGGAGAACCCUGAUGUGUCUGUUCUGAUCAUCGAAGCCGGUGGCUCCGUCCUGAACAACUACAAUGUCACCGAUGUCGAUGGCUACGGACUGGCCUUUGGCACCGACAUCGACUGGCAGUAUGAGACCGUCAACCAGCCCUAUGCCGGCGACCUGACCCAGACGCUGCGCGCAGGCAAGGCUCUGUCGGGAACCAGUGCCAUCAACGGCAUGGCAUAUACCCGUGCCGAAGACGUCCAGAUCGACGCGUGGCAGACCAUCGGUAACGAGGGUUGGACCUGGGACAGUCUGCUCCCGUACUACCUGAAGAGCGAGAACCUGACCGCUCCCACCGCCAGCCAGCGCGCCGAGGGAGCUACCUACGACGCCGAUGUCAACGGCGAGGACGGACCGCUGUCCGUGGGAUGGCCCGACAUCCCGGUCAACAAUCUCACCACUCUGCUUAACGAGACGUUCGAAGGACUCGGUGUGCCAUGGACCGAGGAUGUCAACGGCGGCAAGAUGCGUGGUCUUAACGUCUUCCCCUCCACCAUCAACUACACCGCGUACGUGCGUGAGGAUGCUGCCCGUGCGUACUACUGGCCCAUCGAGUCCCGUCCUAACCUCCACCUGUUGCUCGACACCUUUGUCAACCGCCUUGUGUGGAGCGACGAGACCUCUGAGGGUGACAUCACCGCUGCUGGUGUCGAGAUCACGUCCGCCAAUGGCACCGUUAGCGUUAUCGACGUCAGCCAGGAGGUGAUUGUCUCCGCCGGUGCUCUGAAGUCCCCUGCCAUUCUGGAACUGUCCGGUAUCGGCAACCCUGCUAUCCUCGACAAGUACAACAUCACGGUCAAGGUCGACCUCCCCACCGUCGGCGAAAACCUCCAGGACCAGACCAACGCGGGCAUGUAUGCCUCCACCCCCUCUGGCCUCACUGGUGGCAAGGUUGUCAUCUACCCUAACGUCACUGAUGUGUACGGUAACGAGACGUCGACCGUCGCUGCAUCGGUCCGUAGCCAGCUCCAGCAGUGGGCCAAUGAGACCGCCAAGGUCAGCAGCGGUACCAUGUCGGCCGAGGUCCUGGAAGCCAUGUUCAAGGUGCAGUACGACCUGAUCUUCAACAGCCAGAUCCCUAUUGCCGAGAUCCUGUACUACCCUGGUGGCACCGACAGUCUGAGCGCCCAGUACUGGGCUCUGCUGCCUUUUGCUCGUGGUAAUGUCCACAUUGGCUCCGCCGAUCCUACCGUCUACCCGACCAUCAACCCCAACUACUACAAGUUCGACUGGGAUCUGGACAGCCAGAUCGAGGUUUCCAAGUACAUCCGCAAGACCUUUGAGUCUGCUCCGUUGUCGGAUAUUGUUGUGGAGGAGACCACUCCGGGCUUCUCGGACGUGGCCGCGGAUGCCUCGGAGGAGGUGUGGACCGAGUGGCUUUUUACCCAGUACCGUUCGAACUUCCACCCGGUUGGUACUGCCAUUAUGUUGCCCAAGGAGAAGGGUGGUGUGGUGGAUACCAAGAAUGUUGUGUAUGGUACCAGCAAUGUCCGCGUGGUGGAUGCGUCGGUGCUUCCUUUCCAGGUGUGCGGUCACUUGGUCAGCACUUUGUAUGCGGUUGCGGAGCGGAUCGCCGAUCAGAUCAAGGCUGAUUCUUCGUUGUUCUGAGUGCCGGGAUGUAUACAUGUGAAGGAUAGGCACCCAGGUUGUUAAUAGAUUAUAGAUUAGAC